AUGCCGUCGCGUGCCUACAUUGAAGAGCCUCCUCCGCCGCCUUACACAAGUGCCAAAGAAGAAAGCGAGGUCGUCUCCCGAUCCCUCGCAUGGAUCCCGCCACCUCCCUCAUCGUCGCGACAGUAUCCUACUCUCCCCGUGCCCAUCGCCAUUCCUCAGAUCCAUCCAAGCAACAUAAUGUCGGGUCCGAUGCCCUUCUAUCGAGCAUACUCGAAUCUCCUCCUUCGGCACUUUGUGUCUGUCGAGAACUUUGUCCAUUUCAUCGACAGCAUUGACAUCGCGCUGGCACCAGCACCGCCUUUCCAGGUGGCACAGCUGGCCAGCACGGGUCUCGGCUUCGUUCCACAUCACUGGGCUCAGGUAGCCAGUUCUGCUGUCGGCGUGGCCGCGGGGGCGGGCAAUGCGGCCUUCAGCGCAGGCCGAUCGAGAAUGUUCAUGAACAAGGUGAAUGAGGAGUUCUUCGCUCCACGAGGUCUCAAGGCAUCCAUCAAGAAGGACAAAGAGCUGGGCAUCAUGCUCGGUGAAGACCCGGAUCAGCCACGCAUCGCUCCUCCAGGUCAUUCGCCAGCAGCGGUGACAGUCGCGGAGCGUAGAUUGUUCGCCUUGCAAGGCCUUGUCGCGCCCCUCACCUUUGAAGUACCACCUCCAGAACAGCGCCGCAAUAUGAUGGGCCGGUUGACGGCUAAAGGUGUGCACAGAAAGAUCCAAAAGGGUCGAAAGGACGCGGUCAAAGCAGCUCGCAAACAAGGCGUCGCGGUCGGGGACGCGGAUUUGGCUUUGCUUAGCUCUUCUGAAUCGUCUUCCAGUUCGGAUCCGGAGUCGGACAGACCGCGGAAACAGAGCCCCAAGAAGGCUGCGAAGAGAGAAAGAGAGCGUACCAAAAAGGCCGGCGAGAGAGAAAAGAAGAUGGCAAAGAAGGCCGGCGAGAAAGCAAAGGACGACGCAAAGCAGGCCGCUAAGUUGAGCUGGAUUGUAAUUGAGAAUCUUCCUCAACAACAGCGGCACGCUCGAGAGUAUCACAUGGGCAGCGGGUAG